AUGCUGGCCCAGUCGGCACCCCAACCACCCGGCCCCAAGUUCGGCCUCGGCGAGGCACGCCGGAUGGACGCGUUGGAGUCGAGGCUGAGCUCCACGGAACAAUCGAAUCGGGCGUUGCUCGAAGACAUCAUGCGACUCCAGCAGGAGAUGAAGGCACGUUUCCCACCUUUUCUUCCCGUCGAUCCUGCCCAUGUCCCCCGGUCGGCUGAUUCCUGCCGAGCCCAUGAUGACGAGAAAUGCGACCGACACGUCGAAACUGUCCGGCAACCAGAGCAUGCUGCUGGAGAGCAGGUGAGCGCAGAAUUCGCCAAAGUGAAAAUGCAAUCGCGAUCCGAGGUGACCGCCGUUCGAUUCGACAGGCUCUCCCAGAUCCAGCAGCAUCUCAUGGACCUGGAGGGAAAGUUCAUGAUGGAGAAAAACUCCCGCGAGAUGGCUGAGGGUCAGCUCUUCCAAAGAUGGCAGCAGGUGUCGAACGACGUGAGCGAGACGCGCCGAGGCCGCGACGCCCAGUCGCGCCAGAUGGAGCUGCUGCUGCGCGAGACGAGCAACAUGAGCGACGCCGAGAAGCAGAAGAUCCUCAUGCAGGUCUCGGCGGUGACGCAGGACCUCAGGCGGACCAUCGAGAUGAAGGACACGAAGCUGCGUCAAGACACGCUGGGUCGGCUGGGUGCCCUGGAACUGAAGCUCGUGGAGGUGCAAACGGCCUCCAAGGAAUCCGGAAGACUGGUCAAAGAGGAAGUCGACACGAAACUGACCCAGGCGAAGGCAUACACGGAGGAAGGAAUCCAGGGAGUUCGGAAACUCGUUCAGGAAGAGCACACUCAGACUCAGAGUCGGUUGAAGGAACUGUCGGAUUCCCAGAACGCACUGGAAGAAGGCCUGCAACAGACGAGGCACGAAAUCGCCAAGGACAUCGCAGAGGAGGAACAAGAACGCGUCAAACUCGCCAGGAUUCUGGACGGGAGGAUCGAAGACGUGAGCGAUCGUCUGAGGAUCGGACUGCUGUCGCUGCAGACGGCGAUCGGUGAAGGGAAGAUGGCGAACGUCACCAAGGACGCCGACGGAUUGCCUUCCCUCCCUCUCGAGGAGGUGGAGAAACUGCAGAGGAAGCACGUGGAAGGCGUGAAGGAGACGACGGCCCGUCAGAUCGCCGAAUUCGAGGAGAAGAUCAAUGACCUCCAGCUCAGGGUGGAGCAGCAAGACGAGAAACUCCAGACGCGUGUCAAGCUGGCGCAGCAAAAGGGAGAGGAGAGUUCCACGAUCCUCGGAGACAAAUUGGAGCAGAAACUGGACUCGUUGAGCUUCUCGCACGAGAGACUCAAGAAGCAAGUGGAGGACCUGCAAGGAGACGGAGGGGGCGGCGGACGAGGAGUGGUGGAUCUGAGAAACAAGGUCCAGGACAUGGACGGAAGACUCACGAAGAGGAUCGAGGACGAAUCGAAGGAGAGAACGGAAGAAUGCCAACAACUCCGUCAGAGACUGGCCCGCAUCACCGGGGAGGACUCCCUCGAAGGACCCUCUCUCGAGAAGCUGACCCGAGACGUGGAAGGCGCGCAGACCGGGAUGAGAAAACUCGCCGAGGCCGUGCAAGUGGUGAAGACCACCCUCGGCGACAAGAUCAAGGAGGAGAAACGAAUCAGGGAGCAAGAGACGAGCACCCUGCGACGAGACGUGGAGCGACUGGCCGAUCGAAGCAAGGAUCUCAAAGAACGAAUCAAACACGGCGGCAAGAAACCCGCCGAAACCAAAUAGAAAAGAAGAAACUCGUCGAUACUCUGAAACGUGGGAUCCAACUGCUCAGGGAUUCCGUUUCGUUUCGCAUUGCACCUCAAUUCCCCCACCCUCUCAUCCCGUUGAUUACUUAGAUGGAAACGAUUGGAAUGCCGAGCACAAGCACUUCACCCUGUUUCGUUUUGGUGAAUUAGUCAUAGGCUCUUACCGCUAUUUAUCGUGAGCUUUCUCGAUGGACUCACUGGGCUUUAGAUAGACAUAGAAGCCGAAUGGAGGGUGUAUAUUUUGCAGUUCAUACUCCCUGGAAAAAAGAAUAAAAUAAACGAAUAACGAAAUAAACGAAAAUAAACCUUCAAUAAACGAAAAAAAAGCUCUGAUGCUCAAAUUCCUGCUGGAAGACCAGAGUUUUUUAAGAAAAAAAUAUCGAAUAAGGAGGUGAAGCAAGCGAGGCAACAUUCCACCCAACAUUCAGUUGAAGGAAAGAAUUUGAACUUUAACAAUUAGUACUAUGCAUCGAGUCCUUUGCAUUUAUUAUGGAAGCGGAUCUGGGAUGGGUUGUCGUUGAUUUUGCUGACAUGUAAAAAACAUUAUUUUGCCCAUGAUUGCAAAUAAAAGCACUUCAAUCUAGGUUUUCCUGUUACAGAAACCCG